AUGGCAAAGGAGGAGCUACUCAUUUGCCUAUUAUCAGCCCCCACUCCGCUUCAGCUCAACCUUUCAGCAUUAGAGAGCUCUGUCGUUGCGGUCGACGCUGCUUCAUUGACAGCAGACGAAGUCCAAGCACUGCAGACUCAUCUCACUCGAUUACUCAGGGUCACCGAUCUCUUCGACCAGCCCAACGACUCGUCCGAGCACAUCCGCGAUUUGACCCUGACCCGACAUGCUUACGACUCGCUGCUGGCCGCCUUGCAACACUUUGUAUCUGCUCUCGAUGCAAAGGCGGCCUUUGUGUGUGCAGCGCAGCAUUGUGACUCUGCAGAAGCAUGGGUCACGCCCGUCGCCUGUCAAAUCGCGACGAAGAUAUGCCGACAGACGAUGCUGGAGCAGCAUGACACGAUCCGCUUCAUCGAGCGCAUCUUGACAGACGACGUGCGACCCAUCUUUUCGAGCUCCUUUCACGCCAGCGUCAACCCGGACUCGGGUCGCUUGCUCGAGCGACCCCGUGGAGGCGAUCUGAGCCAGCUCGUCGUACAAUCGCAAGACUUGCGUGACGGCUGGCGAGACUGCCCCGCCUGCUCGUCUGUCCUGCAGGCAUGCGUUCGCCAACUAGGCAGAGAGUCGCUAGAGACUGUAUGGCACUUGCUCGUGCCGCCCCUGAUGCUCCUUCUAGACGACCAUCAGACGCUCUUCAGGUGGCGAGGCCUCCGUGCCGCUCAGGUGGUCAUUGCCACCGCCGAUGCUAGCUUGCUCCGUCGCACCGGACUGUCGGAGCUCAUGUUCCGAUCGUUUGCUGCCUCGCUGACCUACCUCUCGGAUGACAAGUAUGCGAACACAGUCGAGGCGACAGGCGUGACUCAGAUCCAGCUCAUCAAGACUGUCAUUGAACCGACCACGAUCGCAUAUGUCGAUCGAUUGGCUGUGCUGCUCGAAGAAGGCGUCUUCAAGAUAUGGUCCUACGCUUCCGAUCGACCUGCUCUCACUUGCGUUUCAUUGCGCCUCUUGCUCGAGCUGAUAGAUCUGCUCGAGAUCUUCAUUGUUCGAUUUCUCAAGAGCAUCAUUCCUCAUUUGCUCGAGCUUAUGCAGGGCGAAGAGACGCUCGCGAAAUCUUGCGAAAUACGAAGAUUGGCGUCUGUCAAUGUCGAUCGUCUGAUGCGAAUUGCUCGUCCGAGGAUCCACGUCUACGCGGAAGCCAUCUUUGCUUCGCUCGUGAGAGGCGCACGACUCCAUCCUGCCGAGCUUGAUCUAUACACUGGUCUCUACCGGCACCUUGAGAAGACUCACCCGAAGCUUUGCGAGGAUUUCGUUGAGCCAGGCUCUUCUCUCUACCUGCCUUCGCAAGCUUCGUCUAUUCGGGAGGGCACACCGGAAGCUUCUCAGAUCCACAGACGCUGCAAGACAGCUCGCAAGCCUGCCUUGCUCCGUCGUAGACAUCGUCUCAAGCCGAAGGUCUGGCAAAACCGCCAGCGACAACCCAAAAGUCCCAUCGACUGCAGCAGCUCUUCGCGCUCCGUUACGAGCGCCAUCCAGCAGUUUGCGCUCUUCGUGCCCGACCUCGAGUCUGCAGACUCGCCAGCACGAGCCAAGCCUGUGCUGGACUUCGAGACUAUGCAGGUCAAACCAGCCUCGCCAGCGUCGCAGCCCGUACAGCUCGCGCCACGCUGCAAGCCCAAAAUCGGUGCUCUCCUCGUGCGACGCCGCCAGAACAUGCCCGUCAUGAAGGUAGAGGUCGAUCGUAAUAGAUUUGAGGGUGAGCCUGCCGAAUCGUCAACGAGCAGCAUUGAAGCAGUCCCAUCGGCAACAUCGAUACCUCCUUCCAUCGAGCUCAUACCUGCCUCAUUCGAAACAACUGUCGCAAGCCAGCCCGUACAGACCACACAGACUGCGCGGACCCACAAUGGGCUCAGACUGAAGCGCAAACUCUCGGAGCUCAUGGGUGAUGCUGCGCCUCUGUUUGCCCAACGCGCGCGCGAUCAGACGAGUUGUUCAGACUGCAUAUGA